AUGCAAUCGUCGCGUGACCAGUUUGAAGCAAAGGGCAAAGAGAAAGCCAUCCAUGAGGAACCUUCUAGUUCCGAAGAAAGCUCCGAUGAGGAAUCCGGAAGCGAAGAGUCCGAGGAGGAAGCCGAGACGGCACAGAUUUUUGCACUCGAUCAUUGCCGACAACACGGCACACGCUUUGCAUUCCAGAUCGCAUAUGCCGAGGUAGAGAGAUACAGCAUUCGACUGGGCACCACAGAGUCUGGACGCUCAACUUGCUCUUGCGCUGGGGGAGGAAACUGUCGCCAUAUCCAAUGGUUUCUCAACCAACUCUCACGCACAGGAGCCUAUUCAAUGGGCGGCGGACGAACUUCCGUCACUCCUUAUGACCAUAUAUCUCAGAUUGGCCUGGGUAACUUGUGUGAGGACCUUCAGUGGGAGCUCAGGGAGGGCAUGGAUUCGGACACUGAGGAGACCCAAUGGCAGCUUAAGAAGGUCUUGUCACCUCCGAAGCCUAGGCGACUGGUCGGGGGCUUGGUCAAGGAAAAAAUGGACGCUGUCCGCGAUAUCAUGGCAACAUUUUCUGACGUUGAUACGGAUCACUUCAGAGAAGAUAUCUUCGAUUCAUCCCACGACGUUACCAUGGAGCCUAUCCUGGUCAGGCGUGACUUGGAGGCCACAAUUGCCAGGGUUCUUAUCAUGGACGACAAUAUCUUUCGGCAAUUCAACACCCUCAUUUCCCACAAUGUCCGUGCUGCGGCAUAUUUCGAAAAAAUGGGUAUCAAGGCAAAAAACGUCCUUGGUCUUCUGGACGAGUAUUGCGAGGUCGGUCCAGUCUCUGGUAAACACGAUUUGAUUUGGAGUGCGCAGACACUUGUUGAUAUUGUGGAUGAAAUCAGUAUGAAUGUCACCAUUAGGCAGCCUUUGGACGUGGCGUCUCGUAGCGAGGCAGCGAAAUCAUUGGUCUCAAUCCUCUCAAUGGUCGUCAGAGAGCGGAACCACGACUGUUAUCAGCAAUCUACGUGGCCAAGAUGCCGCCCUCACGGAGAGCAAUCGAUUGAUCGCAACCUCUACGAGCGUCUCAUUGGUUCUACCUCCCGAUCUAACCCUGCUGGCGGGACCUUUGUCAUCAAGGCCUUGCAGGACCUCCCAGAAGCUCAGCAUUUUGUUGAAGUGCUUGAGGAGAUCCUGGCUCUCCUAGAAACCAUCGGUUGGGGUCCAGCACCUCAGUCGUACCGAGACAAGCUGAGCGGGCUCAUUGCCCAGCUUAAGGGUGGUUCUGUAGGAAAGAGGUCGGCUGGUCCCGUGGACAGGAAAGUGAAGCGUAUGAAGUAA